CAGGCCGCACGGGCAGCGCGAGCCCCGGAGCCCCCGCGGCCUGUGCGCCGGGAGCCGGUAUGGACCCCGAGCGCUGCGCGCCUUUCGGCGUGGGGCCCGGGCCCGGCCCUUACGCGGCCGCGGGGGACGAGCCACCGGGCCCCCACGGGACCCCUGCCGGCGCGCCCCACCUGCACCCCGCGCCGCCCCGCGGCCCGCGCCCGACCCGUUUUCCGGCCUGCGGGCCCCUGGAGCCCUACCUCCCAGAGCCCGCCAAGCCGCCCGCGAAGUACCUGCAGGACCUCGGGCCCGGCCCGGCGCUCAACGGCAGCCACUUCUACGAGGGCCCCGCGGAAGCUGAGGAGAAGGCCUCCAAAGCUGCCAGCUUUCCCCAGCUGCCCUUGGACUGCCGAGGGGGCCCCAGGGACGGGCCCUCUAACCUGCAAGGCUCCCCAGGCCCUUGUCUGGCCAGCCUGCGUGUCCCUCUGUCCCCGGGACUCCCUGACUCCAUGGAGUUGGCCAAGAACAAGAGCAAGAAACGCCGUAACCGCACGACCUUCAGCACAUUCCAGCUGGAGGAGCUGGAGAAAGUCUUCCAGAAAACCCACUACCCUGAUGUGUAUGCCCGGGAGCAGCUGGCUCUGCGCACGGACCUCACUGAGGCCCGGGUACAGGUCUGGUUCCAGAACCGCAGAGCGAAGUGGCGGAAGCGCGAGCGCUAUGGGAAGAUCCAGGAGGGGCGGAACCCCUUCCCAUCUCCCUAUGACAUCUCUGUGUUGCCCCGAACAGACAGCCACCCCCAGCUGCAGAACUCCCUGUGGCCCAGUCCAGGGUCAGGGAGCCCCGCGGGACCCUGCCUCGUGUCUCCAGAGGGCAUGCCCUCCCCGUGCAUGUCUCCAUACUCCCACUCUCAUGGGAACGUAGCUGGCUUCAUGGGGGUGCCGGCCUCCCCCGGAGCCCACCCUGGCAUCUACUCCAUCCAUGGCUUUUCCCCUCCCCUGGGGGCCCACAGCUUUGAGUCUUCCCCAGAUGGCGACUAUAAGUCUCCGAGUCUCAUCUCGCUCAGGGUGAAAUCCAAGGAGCCACCCAGCCUACUGAACUGGACCACGUGAUUGGCUGCACGGACACACAGACUAAGCUGCC